CAACAACAACUUCCCCAGCACGUGUGGACGCGGUGUAUUACUGAAAACCUCAGCACCGAAGAGCAGGGGCCCAGAGGAAAAAUAAUCUGCCACUUCCUGUAAUUUACGUGAAUAUAACGGAGGAGACGUGCCAGGUGGACAUGAAUGCCUUGGAGAAAAGGGCUGUGAAUAUGAAGGAGGAGGAUUUUGGCUGUGAAUGGGGACAAAUCCACCCUAAGCAGAAGAGUCUCUGCAUUAAGAAUGAGGAUUGUGAACAGGGGAUGUUGAACAUUAAGAAUGAGCCUGAAGAGAAGCCUGUCCACAGUGACCUGCAGGAGUGUAAGACUCCAGACAAGAAAGAAGACUUUCAGUCAAAGUCUGGCUGUCAAAAUGGAGGAGUAAGAGGAUAUGUCUUCCCUCCAAGUAGAAAUUGUCUUGUUGAGGAGCAUUUUGUCAGCGGGAAGUCUGAUAUUUAUUCAGACACACAGAUCCCUGGGGAAACAUCAUGGAGAACGGCAGAAGGCCAGCCAUCAUCUACAAAUCCGCAUGGAAAAGCAGACAGACUGGAGCGUCUCAGCUUUUCCCCGUGUCUACCUGUUGUGGUCUGUUCUGAAGUGAAGUAUCAACAGACACCACAUGAUGAAAAUAUGAAAUUGACAUCUGCAUCAGAUUUUUUGACAAGAUCCCCUAUGCAGUUGAGUGCUCUGCCAGUUGUACACAAAACAAAGAUAGAUGCAAUUAACACGGCACAACAAGAGAACAGUACUCCUUUGGAAGAAACGCAUGCCUUGCAAGAGCAAAAGAAAAGUCUGAAAUGUGCAUCUAAAGACAAAGGCAAUCAGUGGAACCAAACGACUCAAGGGCCUUAUGUCUUUUCUGAAUGUGGAAAAGUAUUUUCACAAAGGAUCCAUCUUGACAGCCACAGAACAAGUCACACUGGAUGGAAACCCUUUUGCUGUUCUGAAUGUGGAAGAGGGUUUUCAAGAAGGCACCGUCUCGAGAACCACAUGACAAUUCAUACUGGAACUCAGCCAUAUGGCUGUGUAGAAUGUGGCAAACGAUUCUGUGACAGGAGAAAUCUUAACCAGCACAUGAGAACUCACAAUGGGGAAAAUUCUCACUGUUGUUCAGAGUGUGGUGUACGAUUCUCAACAAGGCGCCAUCUUUAUGAACAUGAAAGAAUUCAUAAUGGAGGUAAUCCCAAUUGUUGUGGUGAAUGUGGAAAAGUAUUUUCAAAAAGAAGUGGACUUGAAACCCACAAAAUAGUUCAUACUGGGGAGAAACCGUAUUCUUGUUGUGAAUGUGGUAAACAAUUCUCAUUCAAGAGCACCUAUAGAAGCCACAUGAAAACUCACACUGGAGAGAAGCCACAUGGCUGCUCGGAAUGUGGAAAGCGAUUUUCAAAAAGAGGCCAUCUUGAGAACCACAUGGCAAUUCAUACUGAAGAGAAACCCUAUUGCUGUUGUGAAUGUGGAAAAGGAUUUUCAAGUAAAUCCUAUCUUAAGGCCCACAAUAGAAUUCACACUGUAGAGAAACCCUAUUGCUGCUCUGAAUGUGGAAAAGGAUUUUCAAGUAAAUCCUAUCUUAAGGCCCACAAUAGAAUUCACACUGGAGAGAAACCCUAUUGCUGCUCUGAAUGUGGAAAAGGAUUUUCAAGUAAAUCCUAUCUUAAGGCUCACAAUAGCAUUCACACUGGAGAGAAACCCUAUUGCUGCUCUGAAUGUGGAAAAGGAUUUACAAGUAAAUCUUAUCUUAAGGCCCACAAUAGAAUUCACACUGGAGAGAAACCCUAUUGCUGCUCUGAAUGUGGAAAAGGAUUUUCAAGUAAAUCCUAUCUUAAGGCCCACAAUAGAAUUCACACUGGAGAGAAACUCUAUUGCUGCUCUGAAUGUGGAAAAAGAUUUUCAAGAAAAUAUUACGUUGAGAGCCACAUGAGAGUUCAUACUCGAGGGAUGCCCUGAAGGAGUAAAUUUUAGAGGAGGAAAAAAGUGGUCACACUCCUAACUAUUCAAGUCUCUACGUGUACCUUCAUGUGGUGGGCUUCAUUGUACAAGAUCUGUACCCAAUCACAUCAAGGCAAAGCUACUUUCUUACUAAGAACAUGGUCAAAAAUACUCCUUGUUACUGGCCCACACAUCUUGCAGGAUAAGAAUGUGCCCAGCUCUUGUCUCCACACUAGGGCAGAUGAAGGUGGUAGUGAUGGUAAUAAAUAUUCAGAUGAAGAGAAGACCUUCACUGUGGCAACAGUGCAGAUAGAUGGUUUUGCUGAUCCCACUACAAUGUAACAGACAAGACCAUAUAAGCAUACACUGAAAAAGACCUUUCAAGAGGACUAGAUACAGUCCACUGGUCAGUUGAACAUAAAGCGGAGAUGUACUGCUGCUUUUUCACCAUUGACCCAGAAUGUUCAAUGAAGGAAUAUACCAGGAGGGGCUUGCAGAAAACGGAGGAGUCGAAAAAUAUAAUCUUGAGUACCAAAUGAAGUGAUACAACUAGAGUGGGAAAAAAAUUAGUAAUCUCUAGCAUAUAUAGUGAUAAUUUUGUAGACGGUCUAUCAAAUAAGCCAUAUUUUUAAUUUUACAUUUCUAAAAAAUAUUUAAGGGGAAGCUGUAUAAGCCAAUUCUUUCAGACACACGUAUGAUUUACCAGAUCAGAUAAGAUUUUUCCACGUAAAUGAAAUCCACAGGCCGAAAUACCAAAUCGGAAUAAGCGGGAAGUAACUUGUACGUACAUGAAGGGAUACUCUGGUAGGACAGGGGAGCAGAAGUCUGCCUGAGAGGAAAAUAUAAAACACCCCCAGUGGUCCCAGAGGUGUGUCAAGAACCACAGGACAAGAUAAACUAAGGCUUACAGAAAGAUGUCUUUGUCUCUGAAGAUCCAUCCAUUUUGUGUCUCAACCAUUCUAUCCGAGGGCCAUAUCUGUCCACAGACCGAUCUGUCCAUACUACGACUGAGAGCCAUCUGGCAGCCUAAGCACACAAGAUGAACUGAUUAUUAUCCAGGUUGUAUCGGUAUUAUUUUUCCAAUUCUUACUUUUACUUUGUUUAUAUAUGGGGCACAAUUGGAUACCAAUA